AUUCGGAGUAAAGAACAUCAUUUUCUGCUUAAAACAUAGUCAUGUAUCCAAUUAUGCGCAUACAUAUUUAUUGUAAAUUGGUUCAAACCACUAACAACCCUAGAGGUCUGCUCUAUGCAGGCAGGGGCACGCAGUAAAAUACACUAGGUACAUGGCUUCAAAAUAAAACACAUAUGAAAUGCUUUGGGUAUUAAGUUUCAAUAUUUUUUUAUUGAUUAUUGUACCUGAAUUCGUUUAUGUUAUAUAGAUUUAUUUUUUUUUUUUACCGGGAUAAUACGUUUCACAAAUUAUGUUAAGCCAUAGACUGUCUACUGUAUAUGGUUAUUCUAUAUUGGGGAGACUGGGGAAAGUUGAGCCACCCCCUGUUGCUUGGAAAUGGUAAAAGAAAUGUGACCAUGUGACCAAAUAUUUAGGAGAUGGGCAUGAAUUUCAUGGCUCGUGAAGGUUAGAUGCACAUGGGUGAAGGGGUUAGACAUUUAUUUAAAAAAAAUAAAAAAACAUUGUUCACUCUUGAAAGUGAAUUUAGUCAGUCAUACGUUUUAUUAGAUUUGUUUUCACACCAAAAAAUAUCAUUUUAAAAUUGUUUUAUACAUCAAUUGUGGUAUCUAUGAGCUACAACAUUUUACAACAUAAAGUCUACCAUUUUAGCUUAGAGGACUAAUAAAGUCAUAAUAGUAGUUCUGGAGUAAGUUGAGCCAGUGGCUCAACUGAGAAAGUGAAGGAGUCUGAUGAGAGGAUCAGUGUUUUAGUUCAGAUUGUUGAAAUGUGUUACUUUUUCUUUUCAAAAAUACAGCUGUAAAUGUUCUGAAUCACUUAAAGACAUUCUCAUGUUGUAAUGGCUUUUUACAAAACAGCUUUUAGCAGUUAGUAGUAACAAAAAGAAUCAUUGUACCAGUUGAAUAGCAUAUAAUAGAUAAAAACACACAUAAAUGUGAAGGUGACAGUUAUUUAGUGAGAGAGAAAGUGAGGGAGGGCUGGGGUGGGGAGUCGGGGAGUAACAGGGAUACUAUUCAACUUACCCGGGUAAAUUGACCAUAGGAGACCACUUUUUUGGCAUGCUAUAUUAUCAAGGCAGUUAUAUUUUCACUCAUUCUGUUGGUUUGCAGGGAUUCAUAACAUCUUGAAAUAUAUGCAGAUACACUAGUUAGAGACAAAAACUAUGAUUGCCUUGAUGUAGUGAUCCGAAAUGUGAAAAAUGGCUCAUCUUACCCCACUCUCCCCUACAGUCUACGCGUUAAGUCAUUAAAGCUUAAUAAUAAUUGUAAUAAUAAUAAUAAUAAUAAUAAAAAGGAAAACACCAGUUUGAUAUGUCUUAAAAUUAAUAUAGGCUAUAAAUGUAUAAAAAGACUUGAAACUAUUUGGUUUUUCCCAUCUAACCUGUAAACACUCACGUGAAACGAUACUUAAGUGUGUCUGGUUCUCUAAGAGGAGGAAAAUAUGUCCAUGGUGCACUUCUUAUGUGUUAACAUCAGAUUAAAGGAACUUAGAUCAAAACAUCUAUUUAAAGUACUGUAUCUCCUUUUGAACCAUUUUAAACACAAACCCAUCAUAGCACAGGUUCCUCCACUCUCAGACUGAUCAUUGGAUCUCAGGCUGGGACGUAUUUCCAAGCAUCACCCCCCCGCCAGUUCAGGUUGCCAUGUAUCUAUGGUUACAUAUUCAUGGCUCCAGUGUUACUGCAGGAGUGACAGCAGCAGUGGCUCUCACACUCAGACACUUAGACUUAGACAAAGCUACAGCAGCUGAACCUUUUCAGAGGAUGUUGUCAUGUUUCAAUCUCCUGCUGAAAUACAGAGGAUACAUACACUACUGUUAUACGCCAAAUAGAAGACCUUGCUCUUGAAAAUUGUCUUAUAUUAUCUUAAAAUAAUAACACAUCAAAGCUGUGUGUAACGGUUGAUUUUUAAAUCAACUUCCCAAUUAAUUGAUUUGUUAUUGUUAUCAAUGGUGUACUGAGGCUGUAUGACAGGCAGGGGGGAAAAAAAAACCUUCAGAGUGCCAUGAUGCGCCACUGCAUAAAAAAUUGUGAUUAAUAAAGAUCUGUUUCUAGCAGCAUUUUGAAGACCAUUUACUUCUUUAACCUUCACUUUUCUGUCUCUCAUUGGCAUGUGAGGCUAUGAUCAUUAAGUUAUUGUACAGACUUUGUUUUAGCCUGUCAAGUAAGAUGAUGGGCAGGAGAUUUUUAUUUUGGCAAAUCUAGACAGUGUGUAUCCUAAAGGUUACAAAAUUAGAAAGUUUUCCAAACCCUUAAUACCAUAGACUGUAUAUACUAUUAUUCCAUAUUCUAUAUACAGUCUAUGCUUCAUACUCAUAGUGCAUAUAACCAUACAAUAUCAUAUAAUCUUAAAAAGAGGGGAGUCUUGGGUUUCUUUCAAGGAAUUUUUGAGCAUCUAACAAUUGAUUCCCUGCAAUUUGGUUUCACAUUUAUGUGACAGUUGGUGGUGAAAUUUUAUAGAAAGCCACAAAAUUGUUAAAACAUGAUUAACAACAAAUUAAUAUCUUCUGUAUGGAACUCGCAUUUAUAUCGAACAUGUUUCAAUAUAAAAUAAAGUCACCUAGAUUAAAAAAGACUUUCUUCAAAAUCAAACAUAAUUCACGAACAUACAUUUGGGUUGAUUUCCCAAAUAGUACCUCAUCAGUCUUGAUCAAUUUGAGGGACAAUCAGAGGACACAAAGUUACAUUAAACCAGCUGGACAGGCCACUAGAAAGCACUUUUCUGUGUUUUGUUAAGGUAGAUGUGGAAAAGCACUUGGACUGCAAUUUUGUUCAUGUUAUAUGUACUUGAGGGAGGGCUUGAGAGGUCUUUUUAUAUUUAAUACACUGAAACGACACUUGGAAGGUACUUAUUUACCCUUUCUAUGCUGGAAGGCCCUUCUGUAUAUUUUAUUUAUGCUUGAAGGGCACUGAGGGGACAUUUUCUCCACAGAUUAAGACCUAAAAGGGGAGCAAGGGUGCCUAUUUUUAUGUUUCAUAGGGCAACUCGAGCACUCUGUCAAGUGUCAUCAUCCUUUACAUCUAUUUUGGCGUUCGUCAUGCCAUUAACUAUCCCCUCGACCAAAUCUGACAGACCUUAUCGUUAAGAUAAUCUUUAAAUUCACAUCAACGUAAUGUAAAUAGUUUAUUCGGUAUGGUCACACUCGUCAGCGUCGUUUCGUUCAGCGUGUGACGGCGCAGCGUAAAUACGUCAUCCCAGAAGCGGGAAGCAGCGGGCUGGUGGUGCUGGUGCGGUGGCUUGAUCAGCAGGAUACCUCCAUGAAAUAUUCAGCUAGCAAACAGCUGAGGACUGAACAUGCCACGGGAAAUCAUAACGCUCCAGCUUGGACAAUGUGGAAAUCAGAGUACGUGACGGACAAAGUUGAAGUAAAACUGAAAAUGUUACUCCUCUGUUUGCAUCGUGCUAGCUAGCGUUCAUUGUUAUGAUUAGCUAGCAGGGACCGUUCUGUCAGGUUACUGCUACGUGCUGAUGCUAGGUAUAAACAUCCAAUCUAGCUGAGGUUAAAGUUAAACGAACCCAGCGACUACAUGGGUAUAAACUAGUAAAGUGAAGUGUGGUUAAAGAUGCCCCUGAACAGCAGAUGUAACUCAACAAAAAGGAGCAUCAGCUUUGAGUACGUUGUGUUGUCCUCUCGAUGAUAUCGGAUGUCAGGGAAGCGGACGUGUUUACUUGCCGCUUGAUGGGAAUAACAGGUUAAAAACCACUUAAUAAGCUGGUGCAAUGUUGAAGUUUUGAUAACUCCUUGUCUUUCAAUGUGCAGUCGGGUUUGAGUUUUGGAAGCAGCUUUGUGCAGAGCAUGGCAUCAGCCCAGAGGGGAUUGUUGAGGAGUUUGCCACCGAGGGGACCGACAGAAAAGACGUGUUUUUCUAUCAGGUAAGAGACCCACUCACUGACUAAUACUCUUUAUUAUCUCUCACUGUGACAAUGAUUGCAUGCAAGGCGAUGUGUGCUUUGCUGGAUCAGUCGAUGUUUGUGCAUCAACUUUUUUGGCCACUAGAUGGAGCGGUUGUCGCGCAAACUAAAGUAGCCCAAACGCUACAAGGAGGAAGUAUUCUGCAAUAAGUAUGAAGGGAGGGUCACAACUCUGCAUUGGGGGGUUAGACUUUUGUGAUGGCAAAUGUAACAACAAAGCUCCCAGAAAUAUGUUGGUAAACGAAUAUUACCCUAGCCCAAUUUAAAGGAGUUAUAUUUUGAAGCAAUUUGAUUUGGAUAAGAUUAAAAAGAUAAUGAAAAAUUAUACCUCCUUGCCAUUACCUCCCAAGGCAAAAGAAGUUCAUUUCAAAGUCUUGAACGAAAUCUUUCCAACAAACAAAUUUUUUAAAUUUAAGUUUUAACUUUGAAGCAAGUAAUUGUGUGUUUUGUGAUGUGGACGUUGAAAACCUGAGCCAUGUUUUUUUUCACUGUCAUGCUGUACAUCUUUUCUGAGGCCUGUACUACGAAGCUGGAUUAACAAAUCCAGGAUAACUCUGCGACAACUCGCUCAACUUCACCGGAUCUCCGCGAUCCCGAUCAGCUGUACUACGAAGCAGGAUAUCAACUCGUUAACUGAAUCCAGUUCAGAUCUGUGCGCGCACACGUAAAGGGGGUCGGGUCAGUGCCACCGGACCAAUCUCCACAAUGGAGAAGGCUGCACGUCAUUUUUCACAGCUGAAGAACAGAGCUUUAUUUAAACGGUGAGACAGACAAAGCCGCUAAAAGCCGGAGGGACUGCCGGCAAAAAAAAUCACCGGUCGUGUAAAUUACAUUUGUGCGUUCAUAAAUGUAUGGCCCCCUAAUAUAUUGUCAUGCAGCGUGUGUGAUCACCACCAUCACUGACCUCAUUAUUUCAGAUACAACAGCAGUGGGGAAAAGAGUACGUGGGAGCAAAUAAAAAUAAAUCUAAAAACAUCCUUUUAAGUAGUUUGUAAGUUUAUUGGAAGAUUUUAUUUGUACAUAUUUCAACGCGUAAACAGUGAUUUCCUCACACUGCCUUUUUUUUUCUCCAUCAUCUGAUGCUCACGUCAUCUGCAGACACAUUUGGGGUUAAGAGUUUUCUAAUCUGCUUCAAUGAAUUCUGAAUGAUGACUAACAAAUUUGAACCUGGAGCUUGGCAAAUAUCAGUGUAUUGCUUAGACUUCAUGCUACCUGAAUAUUGAGGCCGUCCGAGGAAAACCUGUAGCGUUCAUAGAGAACGUCAUCAGGUAAAUCAAACGGAUUUGAACGAUCAUGAAUAUAACGCUCUCGGCGAAGCGCUCCUCUCACUAUCCAUGCAACGAUGUCCCCGGGAUCCGACAAAAGUGGGCAAGCCAUUUUCCAAGAGAUCCGAUUGGUCAUUGGGCGGUCUUUAAUACCUGCUGAGCUCUUAUCCUGAAACAUAACCUGCUCCGGAGCAGGUUUGGCGUUCCGCGUAAGUUACCGGGGCAACGGACCCGGAUAAAAAGAGAUCCACCUUCGUAGUACGGAAAACCCAGAAGUUAUCCAGAAGUUAUCUCGCUAAGACCAAAUCCAGCUUCGUAGUACAGGCCUCAGGAGUAACAUGUGGAGCUGGUUGCAGUCCAAAAACAUUGACUUUCCUUUGUCAGCAGAAACUAUUUUGUUUGGUGUUUUUAAUGAGGAUAGGAACUUGGUUUUUGUUCUAAAUGCUUUGUUGCUUUUGGGAAGUGGUUCUCAAGUUCAGUCCUCGAGCCCCCCCCCCUGCUCGAACACACCUGAUUCGAAUGAUCAGCUCGUUAUUAAGCCAUAAUAGAGCUUGAUAACGAGCUGAUCAUUUGAAUCAGGUGUGUUGGAGCAGGGAAGCAUCCAAAACAUGCAGGACGGGGGGGGGCUCGAGGACUGGACUUGAGAACCACUGCUUUUGGGGAAGUUCUUCAUUCACAAGUGUCAAUAUUUUAAAACAAGACCAUGCCAACCUCACUGGAAGAAUGAGCUGCUACUUUUUUGUAAAUCCUUAAAACUUGUUACAGACAAAAAAAGCCCUACGCCUAUUUUCUUUACUAGAAAUGUUCAAAUUGAUAUAGAAUGGCCUCUAACAUUGAAACAGUGUUGUUUUUUUUUUCUCUUUUGAUGUUAUUCAUCCUUAAUCUAAGGCAAAUAUUCUAUAAUAAUAAAUAAGUGCCUUGUUUGUUUGUUUAUAAUUCAAUAAAAUAAAAAAAUAAAUUAAAAAAAGUAUGAAGGGUCACAAGUUAACCUCUAGUAAACUGGUGAUCUGUACACACAUCUCUGCAGGCUGAUGAUGAGCACUACAUCCCUCGAGCUGUCCUCCUGGAUCUGGAGCCAAGGGUGAUCCAUUCCAUCCUUAACUCUCCCUACGCAAACCUGUACAACCCAGAGAACAUCUACCUGUCUGAGCAUGGAGGAGGUGCUGGGAAUAACUGGGCUAGUGGAUACUCACAGGUGAUUGCAGGAAACAGUUUCUGUCUUUAUUCCCACAGAGUGAUUCUUGUUAAAACAAUUAAAACAUAAUUUGAUUUAAAAUUCUGAUAAUUUUUUUUCUCUCCCUUCAAGGGCAAAAAAAUCCAGGAGGACAUUUUUGACAUCAUUGACCGGGAGGCAGAUGGCAGUGACAGUCUGGAGGCAAGUCAAUCAGUUAUCAUACGACUGCUUCUCUAGAGUUGAGCAGGGUGACCAUAUUCUGACUUUCUAAAAAGAGGACACGACUACGUGGGGGCGGAGUCACAGAGUGGAACAAAGUUAAUUUUGAGAAUCUUUUGGGUCGGAUCGAGUGUCUUUUACACGCUUCUAACUCAGUAAGUACACGUGACACAAACUCGAAACAUCCGUGGACAUUUGAAAGAUUUCAUAAACUUUCCCGGACAAUGCCAGACAAGGCUGGACAGCCCCCCAAAAAGAGGACAUAUCCGGGUAAAAGAGGAUGUAUGGUCACCCUAGAGUUGAGAGCUGUUGUGGCUGUGGCUGUGUGGAAUUAGAAACACAGAUUACAAUAAGUGACAAUUCUGACGUUUUCCUCUGCCCCUGUCAUCCCGUUUUGUACUUGACCACUCAGAUCCUUUGGUUUAUUCAGUCUUUAUUAUUUCAGUCCAUCAGUAGAAGUUUUCAUCCAUGUUUUAUUUGCAUUAUUCUUUAACUAUCAGUUGUCUGUUUAUUUGCACUUAUAGUCUCCGGUAUUCAAACAAAUCACACUAAAAGUUUAGCUAAAUUAAAGUCAUAUGAUGUUGCUGUGUGUAAAUGUUUUACUUGCCGGUUCAUCUUGUAGCAGAAGUCCUGAUAUCAAACUUACAAAGUUGAGCAAUAGUAUUUAUUUUUGUAAUCAAUAAGAGAUUUUUAUUUUAGAUAUGCAGGAACAAGAUAAGUUUCUUAAUCAUAAAUGGAUUAUGAGACAGCAAGUCUCAGGUUACCAACAUGUGGAAAGCUUUUUUUGUCGGAGCAAGACCAGUCAUCUGCUGGUGCUGCCAUACUCUUGCUUUGUUGUCUUGCUGUGUCUCCUUGAGGCUGCCUUGAAUCUCUUUGCGGUUGUUUUAGUUUUUUGUGGUAAUGUUGCUAAACUUCAGGGUCACUGUGUGUGUUUUCCAGUGUCAUCUUACAGGUGAAGCUAAGUUAGCCUUCAGAACUCAGUGCCUUGCUGGCCUGUGAAAUAAUCCAUCUGUGGUUUGAACAGGAUGAAAAAGUUCUUGAUGAGUAACUCUUCACCACAACACAAAGUUGCUUCUAUCUUUGUUGUGGUGAACAGCUCCCAGAAAUGAAUGACUUGAUUGAAACGGCGCUAAAGCAGCGCCUGUCAUCUGAAAACUAGCAAAGCUCCAGACAUGCCUCACUAUUAUUCUUAGCCUCAUUUUUUUUUUGAAGGGUGAACUUUCUUUAGCUGCCAGCCUCCCAUAAAAUAACACUUACAUUUCCUCUCUAAGGUCUGCAAUUCUGUAAGUCACUCACAUUAUGACCCCACAUUAUUAUUUAAUGUGUGCACUCAUGUGUGUGUUGGAAUGGAAGGUGGGCCGUGCAGCCGUGAGCGUGUGUAUGUUGGCAGGGUGUGGCGUGUAGAAAGUCUGGUGAUAAUAGCCGGGCGAGUGUAGAAAGCAGGUAUUACAGGGAUGUCUUUGGGGGUGAGGGAGCCUAUUUGCGAGGUGGGGCUGCACUCCCAUUUAUAUAACUGCAGAGGAGGAGAGACAUUUGCUCACCCACACACAUCCAGCCCUCUGCAUCACUGGAGUUUACAGUGAGCUUUAAACACACGUGGCACAUGCUGUUGCUGCAAAUCUGAGCUGUGAGUAAUGAGUAACCCUUUGUCUUUGCAGGGAUUUGUCCUGUGUCAUUCCAUUGCUGGGGGGACAGGCUCAGGCCUUGGAUCCUAUCUGCUAGAGAAACUCAAUGACAGGUUCACUAACACGCAAACGCACAAAAAUUCAAGGACAGCAGAUUGAAGGCAAAUCAAUUUUUUAAUACGAUUAUGUGUGUAUCAUCUGAUUUCCAGGUACCCAAAGAAACUGGUGCAAACAUACUCAGUUUUCCCAAACCAGGAUGAGAUGAGUGACGUGGUCGUCCAGCCAUACAACUCGCUUCUCACGUUGAAGAGGCUCACGCAAAAUGCAGACUGCGUGGUGAGAUUUUCUGCUUCAAAAGUUACCUCACAAGACGGCAGGAAAAAAAAAAAAGGUUUCUUACAAGCCCCCCGGUUUGCUUGUUAUCGUGCCAUUUGGAAAAGGUCAGAAUACAACACGGUAGCUAAGGAGCUCCAGCGCCAAUGAGGUGAAAAAGGAAACAAAAAUAAUCCUGUUAAAAAAACAGUGGAGUGGCUAAUAAAAGUGAUUAAGUGAUGUAAGGUCGUUAAAUACAUUUGACCUUGUGUUUUCCAAUGGAAACGGCGGGGGUUCGAACACAGCGCAAGCGGUGUUAAAGCUUCAAAGACAGGAAACUACUGAAAGGAGAAAGUUUGAUUUGGUCUCACAGGCCUGGUUAAACAGAAGGCUUACCAGAGUCCACUCCGCAUGGUCCUACUUUUGGCUUGGGUUCUGAAGACACAAAAAAAUUCACCCCCUACAAAAAGAAAGUAUAAAGUUCCUCAUUGCAACUUUGACCACAUGAGCAACCCUUAUGUUAUCCAUCGCAGCACUAAUACACUUUAAAACACAGAGUCUAGGUUGUUGUCUCUGCUCCUUGGUUGAGUUUCUCACCAUUCUUCAGCGCUUUGUGUUACAGACUAAUAAAGAGGGAAAACUGCGGUGCCAGCAGCUAGGCAUUACCAAUCAAACUUAAUAAAGCCCUGACUUAAGCAGGUGAUUGUAUUAGUCUGAGAUGCUCUGACAUUCUAAUGGUGUUUCCUCUCUAAUACCGACUUCCUCCAGGGUCUCGCAUGAGGCCCUCAUCUUGAUUAAAUUAGCUGGAGGGCUAACAGAAUCUGCCCAAGAAUCGGUCCCCCUGUUACAACUGUACAGUGUGUCUUUUAUGUUCAGCCGUCCCAACAACAGCACACUGUGCUGCCCCUAAAGACUUUCCUCGACUGUGUCAUUACUCUGACUUCCUCGCUCUGUAAGAUUGGAGCCGUUAUUGUAUGAGCUCUCACUGUUUCUGUGCUGAAGGGAAUCUUGACUUUUCUUCAUGUGUCUGAAAGAUGCCUUGUGUGUGUGUGUCUUUGUGUGUGUUUCAGGUGGUGUUGGAUAACACAGCUCUCAAUCGUAUAGCCACAGACAGGCUUCAUAUCCAGAACCCCUCGUUCUCUCAAAUUAAUCAGCUGGUAAGUUCCAGGCUGUUUGAAAGCCUCAUCCUCCUCUUUGUUUUUAGUUCCAGUCCUCUCUUUAAACAACGACAACUGUCUAGACUGACUUUACUACACACUGUGAGCUCACUGAAGAAAUGACAAGACUCACAAACUCGUUUAGCGAGUCAGAUAAGCUUCAGACUGGAUUUCAGCUUUCUUAGAAAUGAGUGCUUCAUGUUUGCACUCCAGGCACGGUAUGUCACUCACAGAUUUUUAGUGUAUUCUCAUUUCUUGAGAUUAGCCAGAAGCCGGUUAGGUAAUGUUUAAACCCUGCAGGCAUGUACUGAAAACUGAAAACUGUCCCCUGUUCCCACUUUCUUACAUUUAUAGAUGUCUAGUGAUCAAAUGAAAGUUUGUCAGUAAGCAGCAGCAGAGAGCUCAGAUCAGAAAGCAUACAUUACCUGUGCCUCAUUGAUUAAUCUAUAGUUAUCAUCCUCUCUGUGUUGAACAAACCUUGUGCACACAGGUCUCUACUAUCAUGUCUGCGAGCACAACCACCCUGCGCUAUCCAGGCUACAUGAACAACGACCUCAUCGGUCUGAUCGCGUCCCUCAUCCCCACGCCCCGACUCCACUUCCUCAUGACGGGGUACACACCGCUUACCACCGACCAGUCGGUAAGUUCGGAUCAGUCAUGAAGAUAGUGUCAGAUACAUGGUUGUCAGGGUCUGUUUUACACUUUUUUUUCUAUCUGCCAGUUUGGAUUGUGGAGGUCCAAGAAUCUGGUCUUCAAAGGCAGCCAUCACAUUUAAGCUCUGAAUGGUCAUAAAUGCCUAAUACCCUUCAUUUACGAGCAAAAAAAGAAAAAGGAUAAACAGGAUGUCUUUUACUAGUGGUGGGAGAAAAAAUCAAUACAGUAUAGUAUCGUGAUAUUCUGUCUGGUGAUAUAUCGUAUUGUCUCGUUGACCAAGAAUCACUUUUUUUUUUUUUUAAAUAAAUUCUUGAUAUUAAGUCAAAUCUAGGAUAAUGGAAAAAUAAAAUUAACUGUUUGUCCAGUGAGGUUGGCAGAGGUGACAUCAUAGAGCAGGAGAAAGUUAGUACAACUAUAGGUUUGUAAGAUGCGCUACAUGAAAAUAAAAUACAGCGUAAAUAAGACAAACAUAAAGGAAAGGCAAAUGCUAAAUUAGCUAAACAGUUGAAAAAAAUCAUAUAUAAAUCGCAAUAUAUGGUAUUGCAUACUCACUGUAUUGCAAAAUGUUAAAAAUCGCAACAAUAAUACCGUGGCCCAAGUAUUGUGAUAAUAUCAUACCGUGGCCCAAGUAUCGUGAUAAUAUUGUAUCGUGGGGCCACUGGUGAUUCCCUACCCUAGUCUCCUUAUAGACACAUUUGAAUUUCUUCAGUAGUUAAAGCUGCCAUGAGGGAUUUAUGCUGUUUUUAGCACCCCCUGUGGACAACUUUACCCCUCUUAUCUCUCGUCUUGUACUUGUGACCUCAUCUUGUUAAAGAUGAGCUUUUUUACUCACUGUGAGUGUUUGCUAUGUAUUGUCCACAGAAGGCUGCUUUUCCAGCCUGAUGUCUAUCAUCUGGUCAGACACUUGCCCUCUGACUGCGUUUUGAAGCUUUGAAACCACGACAUAGAAAUGGUCUCAUUUCCCUUUUGAAGGUUAGUAAUAGGCAUCAGUAUCAGUUUCUGGAGUAGUAAAAAUCCCUCGCAGUGCCUUAUUUGCAUCAAACACGGUGUGAUGGCAUGUAAAUGCCAACCUAGGGGGCUGGUUUACAGAUAAGAGAUGCUCUUUUUUAUCGUUUCACAUUUGGUUUCCAUCUCUAGAGUCAGCCCAGGUAGCAGAGUCCUUCUCAUCCUGGCUGUCACUCAGUGUAAACUUGUUCAUUUUGUGUAAAUUUCACUCAGCUGGUCAUUUGCCCUCCUUCUGCCAUCACCUUUUUUUCCCGCUUUUCUCAGUUGAAUUUUGACCACGUUUCCUUUCAGUCGUUGAAAACAACAGAGAAGUGCCUUCAUACUGCUCUUUCAGGCCAUCCUGUUUUCUUUCUGCCACUUUGUUGACAAGUACUUGAUGUUUUAGCGAGGGCCAUAGACAUAUGUUGUAGUGUUUCAGUACUCGAGAUUGGCCAGUCUUGAGACCACUUUUCAAGGGUCUCGGCCUUGCUUUAUAAUAAUGAUAACAAAAAUAAAGUAAUAAUGAUAUUAUUAUUAUUAUUAUUGAUAAUGAUAUUAAUGAUGAUGAUAAUGAUAAUAAUGAUGAUGAUGAUGAUGAUAAUAAUAAUAAUAAUAAUAAUACAUUUUAUUUGUGGUGCCCUUUACAUCUCAAUAGUGCAAAGAAAUAUCACAAUGAAGGAAUAUAAAAACAAAGUUAUUGGUUAAAAACAAGACAAACAUCUCCUUUAAAAAAAAAAAAUAAUAAUAAAUCUAUGGGGAGGGACCAAAAGUCCUUGGAAUCAAACACAUUUAUACUGUCUUGUCUUGGUGUGAGACUGGGUGAACUCAGGACUUUUGGUCAAAACUGAUUGAAACUGACAGAGAGGAGAAGAAUUCAGCAGCUGCCUUCCCAGUGUCACACACCUGUAGUGACAUGCAGGGUGGAUGAAGGUGACCAAAGAGGCUAUGCUACCGGGAAACUCACCAGUGAAAAAUGUCAGCAAACUCAACCAUCAUUAAGUUUGGUUUCAAGAACCAUAUGGACUUGAUCUGUAAACAGACAUGUUCUGUUUUGUUGUGAUUUUAUUUGAUAUAUACAGUCUUGGUCUUGUCUCGGUCUUGAUACCUUCUAGUCUUGAUGAUGUCAGGUGAUAACUUUUUUCUUUUGCUUGAUUUUGAAGUGGAAAAAGCUCUUAUAUUUAGACCAAUUAAGGUACAUUUCAUCAGGCAUUUCCCCCACUGGAUAUUCUGGCUGAUGAGACCUUUAUCUUUAUUAUAAACCCGCCCACAAGUCAGGAGAUGAGGCGGCUGCGAUUUGAGUCCUAAUAACAAUAUCUGUCUUAAAUUCUAGAGUUUAAAGCUCCGUCUGAAUCUAAAUUGUGAAUCUGUUGUUUAGGUUGCCAGUGUGAGAAAAACCACAGUACUGGAUGUGAUGAGGAGACUUCUGCAACCCAAGAAUGUGAUGGUGUCAACAGGAAGAGAGAGGCAGCCAAGCCACUGCUACAUCGCCAUCCUCAAUAUCAUCCAGGGAGAGGUUGACCCCACACAGGUCCGAGUGCACACUGACUCUACUCCUAUAACUCGACAUGUUUUGGAGAGUGUUUAAACUCACUUGGACUAAUCCCACUGCAGGUGCACAAAAGCCUCCAAAGAAUCAGAGAGCGUAAACUUGCCAGCUUCAUUCCCUGGGGUCCUGCCAGCAUCCAGGUGGCUUUGUCCAGGAGGUCCCCGUACUUGCCCUCGGCUCAUCGAGUCAGCGGCUUGAUGAUGGCCAACCACACAAGUAUCUCGUCUGUAAGUGCUCGCCUCAGAGUUAUGUCACGGCAGCCUGUUCUGUGACAUUCUCCCCCAGUGUGUGUUUUUAUAGCGGAGACCUGCGUCUGCGUUUGUUCUGAGUCACUGAGGAUGUUCAUUGUCUAAAAGAGUAGAGGGGUGACAGCAGCAGUUAAAGGGGAAUUCCACAAAAAAAUCAGACUUUGGAGUGUGAUCCUGCUGAUUGGGAAAAACCCCCUUUUAUUGUUUUAUAACAUGAGCGGUAAAGUUUGAGGAAAAAAACGAUCUUGUGACGCUUGUUAAAAAAAAUUAUCUGACAUACUCCCGGUGAUUUAUGUCUUAUAUUUAAGUAAGGGUAAAUUUCAGCCAUUUAGGAAAGUUACGUGAAGUCUUCGAUCAAAGUCGAGACAAACUAGGAGAUAAUUAUCUUAAAGUUCUUAAAGUCUGAGUUUCAUUUUUGCUUCUGUCUGUCCUGCAGCUGUUUGAGCGGACGUGCCGGCAGUACGACAAACUGCGUAAGCGCGAAGCCUUCCUGGAGCAAUUCCGCAAAGAGGACAUAUUCAAGGACAACUUUGACGAGCUGGACAACUCUCGCGAGGUGGUCCAGCAGCUGGUGGACGAGUACAGCGCAGCCACGCGGCCUGACUACAUCUCCUGGGGAACACAGGAACAAUGAACUGACUUUGUGUCUUAUUAUCUAAAACACACACGCACACGCUCGGCUAGUGUAUUCUAACACAAGUUAUGUCUUCUGUUUGUAUAGUUGUCCCAAAAUUGACUGGUAUUUGGCUACAGCUGCUUCAUUAAAAAGUAUUUAUUGGCGUGUUAUCGCAUGUUAUCACAUCCUGGAGAGAUUUGAACCUAUUUGAAGUAAAACAAUCCUUUCUUAAUUCUUCAUAGAAGGAAAGCGAAAAUAAAAACAUCUUUCUUUAAAAGCCUUGUACAAAAAAAUCCCCCUUAAAAAGUUAAAUGUCUGUUCCUAGUUGUUACUUCUCUUUUCUCCUUUACCAAGCUUCCUCUCUUCUAACUCAUGUAAAACAACCUGUUGCCUUGUUUGCUCUAUUUUCAUACUCUGUACAGCACUUGAGUUUUUGUUUCAGUUUACAGUAGAAGAGUGUCCUACGUACAAAGUGAUUGCCUUGAAUGAUGGGGGGUGGGUUUGAUAGAACAGAUAGAAUAUAUUGCAUGACCUUUAAUAAGGAGGCAAGAUAUUGUCAAACUCAGUUACACUGAUAUAGAUGUAAGCACAUCAUUAGCCUGCAGAAGCCCCCAUCCUCCACUGUGCUGUAAGACCUGUAAUCCAGCAUUGAAUUCAUUUACUGCAGAUACCAAUAUCAUGCUGCUAACAUCACGCAUCUCUCAUUUUUAAUGCAGGUUCUUGCAUCUCAAACAUUUUCCAUGGUGCUUUGUACCGUCUGCUGCUGAAACACAUUGCUUUUUAAGUUUCCACCAACAAGAAUGUCAAGUAGAAGUUGGGCUUAAGCCAAAAAAAGUACCUCUCUGUACACGUCAUCCUAUAGAAACCGCAUCUACAGCAUUUGCUACCCACAAUAGAGGAAGUAAUGGUUCACAUACAUAAAAAGGAAGCGUCAAGAUCGAACUCUUCUCUACGCUUGUAUAUAUAGACACUUACUAAGAUAGCUGGUUCAAAGAUGUUGUCUGUAAUGUUUAAGAUCAAUAUACAGUCAAAGUACUUUUCUUGUUGGACCUGUUUAAGAUGAUAAAUAAACCUGUUUUCUUAUGUUUUGUAUUUUCUACUUGAAAAGUUCUCUGAUAUUAAGAUCCAACCGACCUACAAAUAGGGCUGGGCGAUAUGGGAAAAAGUUUAUCACAAUAUGUUUUUUUCCUAUCAAUCGAUAUCGAUAUACACUCACCGGCCACUUUAUUAGGUACACCUGUCCAACUGCGCGUUAACACUUAAUUUCUAAUGAGCCAAUCACAUGGCGGCAACUUAGUGCAUUUAGGCAUGUAGACAUGGUCAAGACAAUCUCCUGCAGUUCAAACCGAGCAUCAGUAUGGGGAAGAAAGGUGAUUUGAGUGACUUUGAACAUGGCAUGGUUGUUGGUGCCAGAAGGGCUGGUCUGAGUAUUUCAGAAACUGCUGAUCUACUGGGAUUUUCACGCACAACCAUCUCUAGGGUUUACAGAGAAUGGUCCGAAAAAGAAAAAAUAUCCAGUGAGCGGCAGUUCUGUGGGCGGAAAUGCCUUGUUGAUGCCAGAGGUCAGAGGAGAAUGGCCAGACUGGUUCGAGCUGAUAGAAAGGAAACAGUGACUCAAAUAACCACCCGUUACAACCAAGGUAGGCAGAAGAGCAUCUCUGAAUGCACAGUACGUCGAACUUUGAGGCAGAUGGGCUACAGCAGCAGAAGACCACACCGGGUGCCACUCCUUUCAGCUAAGAACAGGAAACUGAGGCUACAAUUUGCACAAGCUCAUCGAAAUUGGACAAUAGAAGAUUGGAAAAACGUUGCCUGGUCUGAUGAGUCUCGAUUUCUGCUGCGACAUUCGGAUGGUAGGGUCAGAAUUUGGCGUCAACAACAUGAAAGCAUGGAUCCAUCCUGCCUUGUAUCAACGGUUCAGGCUGGUGGUGGUGGUGUCAUGGUGUGGGGAAUAUUUUCUUGGCACUCUUUGGGCCCCUUGGUACCAAUUGAGCAUCGUUGCAACGCCACAGCCUACCUGAGUAUUGUUGCUGACCAUGUCCAUCCCUUUAUGACCACAAUGUACCCAACUUCUGAUGGCUACUUUCAGCAAGAUAAUGCGCCAUGUCAUAAAGCUGGAAUCAUCUCAGACUGGUUUCUUGAACAUGACAAUGAGUUCACUGUACUCAAAUGGCCUCCACAGUCACCAGAUCUCAAUCCAAUAGAGCAUCUUUGGGAUGUGGUGGAACGGGAGAUUCGCAUCAUGGAUGUGCAGCCGACAAAUCUGCGGCAACUGUGUGAUGCCAUCAUGUCAAUAUGGACCAAGCUCUCUGAGGAAUGCUUCCAGCACCUUGUUGAAUCUAUGCCACGAAGAAUUGAGGCAGUUCUGAAGGCAAAAGGGGGUCCAACCCGUUACUAGCAUGGUGUACCUAAUAAAGUGGCCGGUGAGUGUAUAUCACGAUAUAAAAAAAUCACUUGUCAAUCUUAAAUGUUCCCUGUUACUCUUAAAUGAAAUUUAACAGUGCUUAUUGGUAGCAUGUCUUUUGCAAUGCAAUAAGCUACUGCAUCUAUGAGAUCUUUGUUACUGAUGUCUUGUCGUAAGGCAUUGCGCUCAUACACUCACCUGCCACUUUAUUAGGUACACCUGUCCAACUGCUCGUUAACACUUAAUUUCUAAUCAGCCAAUCACAUGGCGGCAACUUAGUGCAUUCAGGCAUGUAGACAUGGUCAAGACAAUCUCCUGCAGUUCAAACCGAGCAUCAGUAUGGGGAAGAAAGGUGAUUUGAGUGACUUUGAACGUGGCAUGGUUGUUGGUGCCAGAAGGGCUGGUCUGAGUAUUUCAGAAACUGCUGAUCUACUGGGAUUUUCACGCACAACAAUCUCUAGGGUUUACAGAGAAUGGUCCGAAAAAGAAAAAAUAUCCAGUGAGCGGCAGUUCUGUGGGCGGAAAUGCCUUGUUGAUGCCAGAGGUCAGAGGAGAAUGGCCAGACUGGUUCGAGCUGAUAGAAAGGCAACAGUGACUCAAAUAACCACCCGUUACAACCAAGGUAGGCAGAAGAGCAUCUCUGAACGCACAGUACGUCGAACUUUGAGGCAGAUGGGCUACAGCAGCAGAAGACCACACCGGGUGCCACUCCUUUCAGCUAAGAACAGGAAACUGAGGCUACAAUUUGCACAAGCUCAUCGAAAUUGGACAAUAGAAGAUUGGAAAAACGUUGCCUGGUCUGAUGAGUCUCGAUUUCUGCUGCGACAUUUGGAUGGUAGGGUCAGAAUUUGGCGUCAACAACAUGAAAGCAUGGAUCCAUCCUGCCUUGUAUCAACGGUUCAGGCUGGUGGUGGUGGUGUCAUGGUGUGGGGAAUAUUUUCUUGGCACUCUUUGGGCCCCUUGGUACCAAUUGAGCAUUGUUGCAACGCCACAGCCUACCUGAGUAUUGUUGCUGACCAUGUCCAUCCCUUUAUGACCACAAUGUACCCAACUUCUGAUGGCUACUUUCAGCAGGAUAAUGCGCCAUGUCAUAAAGCUGGAAUCAUCUCAGACUGGUUUCUUGAACAUGACAAUGAGUUCACUGUACUCAAAUGGCCUCCACAGUCACCAGAUCUCAAUCCAAUAGAGCAUCUUUGGGAUGUGGUGGAACGGGAGAUUCGCAUCAUGGAUGUGCAGCAGACAAAUCUGCGGCAACUGUGUGAUGCCAUCAUGUCAAUAUGGACCAAGCUCUCUGAGGAAUGCUUCCAGCACCUUGUUGAAUCUAUGCCACGAAGAAUUGAGGCAGUUCUGAAGGCAAAAGGGGGUCCAACCCGUUACUAGCAUGGUGUACCUAAUAAAGUGGCCGGUGAGUGUAGACUGUAUAUAGAAUGGACGCUGUCUGCCUCCUCGCUGGGUGAAGCCACUCCGAGAACAGCACCCUCUCUUGACAGGCUGCAGUAUAGUUCAUAAAUCCCGCCUCCGCCAGCAAAACUUAUGGAGCUGUGGACAAACUUUAGAAAUUUAUUACACAGAACAAAAAUUUUUCUCCCCCCAGCUGGCGGUGUUGACAUGUAGUUACUCUAAGACUGGUUUGUGCUCAAGCCCCCUUUUUUGUGAAGCUGCGUUUUUAAAAGUUAUUAGGGGGGUCAUGUUUUCUAUGAUUGAUACCUGAUAUAGACUAUUGGCUUUCAGGGAUUGCGAAGCUCACCCAUACGCUGUUUGAGCCGAGCGUCAUCACGGCGAUUCUCCCGCCAAAUGCGUACAAGGCUACUGCGCAAUGCUGGUUUCAGUAAAUGAAGAAAAAUCGUGGAAAUACUGAGAGCUUUUUGGCUUCAAAUCUGUAUACAGAAGGUAGGCGGAACCAAGUUGUCCAUAGUAUAUACAGUCUAUGGUUGCGCUAGAGAAAGCAGACUGAAUGGUCAGUUCAGUGUGGUGCGGACCCGUAGCAACUCCCCUUUUCAUUGGCUAUUCAUAGAAUCUACCAAUAUACGACAGAAUGCCGACUAUCAAAAAGCAUAUUGACCAUGUUUCAGAUUGAUAUCGAGGGCAAUUAAUUUUUUAUAUAUAUCAUUUUAUUGCCCAGCCCUACCUACAAAUGAUAAACCCACACUUUCCUUCUCACCUGGCGCUGCAGUGAGGUGGUGACUGUUCAUCCAACUCAGUUAAGCCUCAUUACCGCAGGGGAACGUCAAGGCACUUAGCAACGCUUGCUCAACCAGCUAUUGUUUUUAAAGAGAAAAGCUAUGGGGGAGGCAGCUCUCUGCUCUGCCCCUGGCGCCAAACCUCAGCCAUGUAUCAAAAGUGCCUGGUUGAAAACAAUAGUCCUCCACUG